GGCCGGCAGCGGCUCAGUGCUGCUCGCAGCAUCGUCAGGUGGAGGCGGCGCUGCCUGCUGUCCUCCGGCGCGGCCUGAGCCGCUCCCUGGGGCUCCCCUCCCCGCCCCGGCCCCGGCCCUCGGCGCGGCUCCCGAGAGAACCCGGAGGAGCGCAGUUUUUGGUUUUGAGAAGUCACCCGAAUUUUGAAGAGAAAUACUUGCUCUUGGGACUCUGUGCUGAGCAGUUGGGCCCAAAUCAGCAGAGAUCCUAUGUAGUAUCCACAAGGAAUGUUGACUCUAAGACAGCACCCAUAAAUACUUGAAAGCAAAGUUCAUUAUGUGACCACAAUUUUCCACAAAAGUUUUACUUGGAUGUUGAGACAGAAUGGAGAUUCAUCAUAGAAGAGAUUUUUAGGUAGCUUUCUAGAGGAUGACCAUAGAAGACCUUCCAGAUCUGCCCUCAGAAGGAAAUUCUUUGAUUGGAAGAUACCCAUUUUUAUUUUCAGGUUCUGACACACCGGUUAUCUUUUCAGUUUCUGCAGCACCAAUGCCUUCAGACUGUGAGUUUUCUUUUUUUGAUCCAAAUGAUGCAUCAUGCCAAGAAAUCCUUUUUGAUCCUAAAACAUCAGUGUCUGAAUUAUUUGCCAUUUUAAGACAAUGGGUUCCCCAAGUCCAACAGAACAUUGACAUUAUUGGGAAUGAGAUUAUCAAGAGAGGAUGUAAUGUAAAUGAUAGAGAUGGACUAACUGAUAUGACUCUUCUCCAUUAUACCUGCAAAUCUGGAGCUCAUGGUAUUGGUGAUGUUGAGACAGCUGUAAAAUUUGCCUCUCAUCUCAUUGAACUGGGGGCGGACGUCAGCUUGAGAAGUCGCUGGACAAACAUGAAUGCUUUGCAUUAUGCAGCUUACUUUGAUGUCCCAGAACUUAUAAAUUUGAUUUUGAAGGCAUCAAAACCAAAAGAUGUGGAUGCUACAUGCAGUGACUUUGCUUUUGGAACAGCUCUGCAUAUUGCAGCAUUUAACUUGUGCACGGGGGCUGUCAAGUGUUUACUGGAACAUGGAGCAAAUCCUGCCUUUAGGAAUGACAAAGGACAGAUGCCUGCUGAUGUUGUUCCAGACCCAGUUGAUAUGCCAUUAGAGAUGGCAGAUGCAGCUGCCAGUGCUAAACAAAUCAAGCAAAUGCUGCUGGGUGCUGUCCCUUUAUUGUGUGACGUCUCAAAGGCCACGCUUCCAAAUUAUGAUCCCGCAUCUGGCAAAAACGUACUUACAUCAUUGGGCCUGAAGUUGGGAGACCGUGUGAUCAUUGCAGGACAGAAGGUUGGAAUAUUAAGAUUUUGUGGUACAACUGAAUUUGCCAGUGGGCAAUGGGCUGGCAUUGAGUUGAGUGAACCAGAAGGAAAGAAUAAUGGAAGUGUUGGGAAAGUCCAGUACUUUAAAUGUCCUCCUAGAUACGGCAUUUUUGCACCUCUUUCAAAGAUAAGUAAAGCUACAGAUCGAAAGAAGACAAUAGGACGAACACCUUCUACUUCACGUGCUACGCUGCCCGUCCGGUCCCAGAAAGUUGAUGUCACUCAUGUGACUUCAAAAAUAAACACUGGAUUAACAACGUCCAAAAAAGAGGGUGGUUCUGAAUCAACAUCUUUAUUGUCUCCUGGUGAAGGAUUGAAAACUGUACCUGGGAAGGAAGCUGUUCCACCUGUAUCUAUCAGUUCCUCCUCUUCUGUAUCCUCCCUGGACAACAAACAGAUUCACCAUAAGAAAUGGAAUCCAACCAACAGUAAUAAGGAGGCAUCGAUAAAAAGUUCUUCCAUUUCAUCGAGAGCUAGUGCUGCAGGGUCUACUACUUCAACUAUAUCUGUGGGAAAUAAGCGGGAAGAAGAAGUUCACAUUGGAGACCGAGUGCUGGUGGUAGGCCAGAGGAUUGGCACUGUCAGGUUCUUUGGAACAACAAACUUUGCUCCAGGAAUUUGGUGUGGCAUUGAGCUUGAAAAGCCCUAUGGCAAGAAUGACGGUUCAGUUGGAGGUGUGCAGUACUUUACUUGUCAACCAAGAUAUGGAAUAUUUGCUCCCCCAACUAGAGUGCAGAGACUAAAAGAUACUCUUUCGGAGAAAGCAUCAAGUAAACGAAAUCAUUCUUUUCCAGGUUUUAGACGAAGUUUCAGCACAACUUCUGCAUCUUCUCAGAAAGAGAUAAACAGAAGAAAUGCUUUUGAAAAAUCAAAAAGUGCUUUACUUCGUCGAAGCUGGAGCAGUACUCCAGCUGCCGGAGGCGUGGAAGGAGCUGUGAAACUGCAGCAGGGCUCUCAGGUUCUGCUCACCAGCUCUAAUGAAAUGGCCGUUAUUAGGUAUGUGGGCCCCACUGACUUUGCCCCAGGCACCUGGCUUGGACUUGAACUCAAAGGUGCCAGGGGAAAGAAUGAUGGUUCAGUGGGGGACAAACGUUAUUUCACCUGUAAGCCAAACCAUGGAGUUUUGGUUCGGCCAAGCAGAGUGACCUAUCGGGGGAUUAAUGGGUCAAAGCUUGUGGAUGAUGACUGCUGAACUUCAGGACCUCUAGUGUAUUAAAUAUGUAGGGACUGUGUCACAUUAGAGGCUCCAAUACAUAGUGAGUGCAUGGGAAAUGGCUGAUUUACUUAGCUGUUAAUGAACAUUUUGAUAACACGACUAUAUUCAUAGUAUCAUUAAGACAAUUUACAGAUUAACUUUUACACAAAAGGAGUAUGAAAUUUUUAAGAAUCAUGAAUCUCUUAAGAUCAUUUAAAGAGAACUUAUUUUUUAAAGCUUUUAGAUCUCAGUAUGGUUCUGGGAUGCCAUAAAAUUAUGCCAUUAGGAGACCAAUUGACGUGUUCUGUUGUUUGUUCUGUCUUACUUUGUCAUAUGUGAUUGGAUUAUUGUUGUUAAAAAGUCUUGGGCAGCAUAUUACUUUGAUAAUUCCUUUAGCUGUUCAAAGUGUUUUGGGAAUUGUUAUCCCUUUCUGCGCUUUCACCAGUAAGGGCUAAGAAAUGGCUAUAGGUGACUGAUUGUGAAAACAUCCAUUCCCUCUCUGAUCCUCCAAAGAAAUCCCACUCUGAAGAUGUGCAAUCUAGAAUUUUAAGACUGGAAAUGAUCUCAUGAUUUGUCUAGGCCAUUCCUUUUAGUUUAUGUAUGAGGAAACUGAGGCGUAGAAACAUGAAGCAAUUUCCCCAUGGGCUUACAGCUGGUAGCAAAGUAGGGAGUACAAAGCAGGCCUCCUGACGUCCAGUCUUGUGCCAUCUGCACCAUCCGUACUGCAGGGAUCCUUGGCAUUCUUCUGAAUCACUUAUCAAGAUUUGCUGACAAAGCAUCACAUAGAGAGUCCGCUCCUGUUUUAAAUACUACCUUAUUGCUGCAUAAAAGAUCACAUUUGGAAGAAGCACUUUUAAAACUUGAUGCACUUUGAUUUCUGUGGAAAGCUUCUCCUCACUGCAUCUUGAAGCCCUUUGCCAUUUUUUUUCUGCUGGAUAUGAAAAAACCAACCAACCACUUAUUUUUAAAUGCACUUAAAAGCAAAGAGCAGUUUGAGACAUCCUAGGCUUACAUAUAGAGAGCAAUGUGGUUUACCACACAAUUUUCCUCACCCAUAAAUAGAAAUAAAUAUUGCACAGAUAGCCGAGGUCUGUGAAGGUACAUGUUCAUUCAAGUGUUUCUUCAUUUCUUUAUAUUUCUCUUUGUGGUGUUGCUCCUAAGGCAGCCAUGACAUUUGCCUUAGUUGGUUUUGGAUUUUCCCAGCUGUUGCAAAGCACAAGUAUUUGAGCUUUGGCUAAAUGCUACACAAAUUCAGCAGGGGAGCCUGUUUUCAUUCUGUGGCUUGUGCCCAUCUUCAUGUUUAAGCUUUGUAAUAGAAUAACAUUGCAAGGAAUUUGUGUUACGUCUGUGUCUGGAUGUUUGUGUCCCAUAAAUGUAAAAGAUUUAUAUUUUAUUGUAGAUAUUUAGAUUUGAAGAGACUACAAAAAUAGUAAAACGGUUUACUUUAUAAGAUUUAAAAUUAUCUUUAACAAUGGAACUGCCUUUGCACUUAGAAAGAAAUAACAUGUUCAGAUAUUUUGCAAUAUACUAUUUUUAAACUGAAUUCUGCUGCUCUGCUGCUCUUUUGAAAAAAGUGUGGUAUUUCAAAUACUGCUAGACCUAUUUUCCUGAAAUACAUUUACAAAACAAGGCUGUAAUACACUGCCUUUUAAUCAAGGAAUAUUUUUACUGACUAAGAAAAUGAAUGUACUGUGAUUUUGAAUGUAAACUUAUUUUAUUAUACUGUUUCCUAAAAACUCUGUUUAUUUAUACCUUGAGAUGUAUGUGGAUACACUGAACUUUUACAAAGUCCAAAAUGUUUCCUGUUGUACAUCAGAGCCCUAUAAAUUAAAAUCUGUUAUAUUGAUGUUGACAAUGAUUUGCUUUUAGGGAAACCAUAAACCACUAUUUUUUCUUCUCUUGCAACCUUUAUUUUCUUUCAUGCAUAUAUUAUGUGAAUAGAGAACAUUAUUAAAUCCAUACAAAUUUAUACAUUCAUGCAUAAAUACAUGAAAACAGAUUUUUUCAUCUUUAGCUUAUUAAAUGUCAGUCUACUCAUACUGAAUUGUAGCUUCUUAAACAUAAAUAAAAUGGGAAACCAUUGUGUUUUGGAAUAGUGUCUUAUGAUGUACUCUUUCUAUUAUUCUUUUCUUCUCCUAUAACCCAGGAUAUUAGUGUGUAUCAUCACUUUCA